AUGAAGCUUUCUUUAGAACUAACAAAUUCCAACAACGAAAACCACCACAGGAAACAGAAGCACAGCAGGAUAGAACGGGAAAGCGAACAUCCGCUUGACAAACAAGAGCAAGAGGAUAGCCACUGGCUGUCAGGUACUGUAAAUAGGAUAAAGAGAAGCAUCAGUUCCUUAUUUUCAAAAGGUGAAGAUCAAAGCAAACACCACAACACUAAACAUGGGAAAAGGGAAGCAAAUCACGAAAAACAUGAAAACAAGGAAGAAAAAGGAAAGAAGAGAAGGGAUCGGCAAAUAGGGCAGCAGGAAACUGUUGAUGAUGAAUACGAUGAUGACAAUGAGGCUGACAAUGUGGCUGAAGAAUCUGCAUGGGAAGAUAAUCACUUGAAUAUAAGGCCAGAUGACGACGAAGAUUCCUUAGAUGUCCAGUCUGGUCGAGGGUCAGGAGAAAUUGAUUCUGGUACCAGCGAUUUUCCAACGCUUCCACAUUCACACCCACGUGUAUACCGAUUUGCUGUAACUAUAAUGGAACCGUACCUGGAUGACUACCAAGACAGAAACUCUCCAGCAUUCCAGGACUUAGCCCGUCGCGUGAAGAGAUCAUUUGAAGAAGCUUUUGAGAAUGUACCGGGUACACAGACUGCAAACGUUAUCAGUAUACAGGCCUCGAAGAAUGACAGAUUCAACCUCCUCGCAACUGUGGACGUGGACUCAACUGGAUACUCAGAGGCAGAAGGCAUCAGAAGUGCUAUCUACGACAAGAUUAACCAGCAACAUAGAAUUGGUGACUUCACUGUUAUCCCGGAAAACUUCUCGUUCAGAGAAUUUGGAGCCUCUCAUCCAAGGUGCGACCAAAACCACAUGCCAUGCCUUAGCGGUGAAUGUGUUCCUAUAGACAGCAGAUGCGACGGAAAGCAAGACUGUUCAGACAAUAGCGAUGAAGAAGGCUGCGUAGGUAGAGAAGCAGAGGUGUUCCCCCACAACACCAGCGUACCAUCCAGCUUUUUCCCAUCUAGAACCGACGAACCCCAAGUUGAAGGCAGUGGAGAUGGUGAUGAAGGAAACUGCAGAGCAGACGAUGCCGAGAGAUGCGCGGACGGGUCGAGAAUCAUCUGCGCAGACCAGAAAUGCGACGGACACCCGGACUGUGACGAUGGAGGGGAUGAAAAGGACUGUCCGAUAAGGGAAUGUGCUGUUGGCGAAUUCAAAUGCGACAUCCGAAGAUGCAUUCCCGUGGACCAGCUUUGCGAUGGAAAACCGGAUUGUUCCGACCAUUCCGAUGAACAGAAUUGCCAAUGUACCAGCGACGAAUUCAAGUGCAACACAGGACAAUGCAUACCAUCAAGUCAGCGAUGUGAUGGAGCAGCCCAGUGCAGCGACAACUCAGAUGAAGACAACUGUCAAAGUGAGUCUGCAUGCUUUGCAUUCCUCUUUGUCUUUUAUAGGGAUAUGCGGUUUGGAUAA